AUGUCGAACCGUCAGCUCGCCCGCGACACCCAGGUGGAGUUCCAGGCCCGCUUCCAGGCCAAGCAGGCCCGCCGCGAGGCCCAGAAAGCCGCCAAGCAGGAUCCGAUGCUCAAGAAGCAGAUCCAGGACCUGCUCAAGAAGGGCGAGACCCAAAAAGCCUACCAAAAGGCCAAGGUUCUCCUCUCCAAGCAGGCCCUCGCCCAGCAGAUGGACCAGAUGGCCGACAUGGCCGAGCUGUCGGCGGCCCAGAUCCAGGCCAACAACUCGAUGAACCGCAUGACGCACAUGAUGGCCCAGUCGUCUCGCACCAUGGGCGUCGCCCAGAAGAGCACGAAUCCGGAAAAGACCCUCGUCACCCUCGAGCAGUUCAAGCAGCAAAACGAAGACUACGCCAUGUCCAACGGCAUCUAUCAGGACGCCAUCACCCAGUCCACCUCGACGCAGGUCGGCGAGGACGCCGUGCACGAGCUCCUCGGCAAGCUCGCCGACGACGCCGGCGUCGAGCUGUCGUUGGAGCUGAACAAGGCGACCCCCGCCGCCUCGGAACCCCAAGGCCAGCAGCAGGCCAACGACCCGACGGCCGAGGAGGAGGAUAAGCUUCAGCAGCGGCUGAGAGCGCUGCGCGCUUGA